CUACUUUUUAACCUGUCACGCUUCCCAUAAUCCCCAACUCGUUCCCCAUCGCCACUGCAUUUCCAACCCCGGAGCAUAGAAAAUCAUUCUCCUCCCCCGACAAACGACAUCCACUCGUCGCGAAAACGUCGUAACGUAGGAGCGGUAUUAUCGUAAUCGUCGCCAUCGUAUAAUUUUGGAUCAGUGAUCUGCGGUGCGCGUGAAUUUUCCGUCGUAACUUUACGCUUGGAAACGGCGUAGGAGACAGACACGCCACGCGACUUGAGCAGCGCAAUCAAGCAAAGAUGGCGUCGCCCGUAGCAGAUUUGGAGGCGAGCCUCAUGGCCAUGCAGGCCCUCAAACCGCCUGGAGUAUCUGGCUCAAAGAUCAAAGAGAUCACGGCGCUGUGCGUCGGAAACGUCAAGUCCGAGUCGGUCCUGAUCCAGAAGCUCUUUACGCAUUUCAAGCGUACACCCGGAACCCAUAAGCUCGGUGUUCUCUACGUCGUAGACUCUGUAACACGAAAAUGGAUGGAACAGGCCAGGCAAACAGGCCAAGCAAUCAGCAGCGCGGCCGAGGACGGCACUUUUGCCGCUGGCGUGCAUAGAGUGACCGAGUUGAUGCCCUCGUUCAUGAACGACAUUCUGGGUUCUGCUCCAGAUGAUCAAAAGGAAAAAAUACGUAAACUAGUCGACAUUUGGGAAAAGGGACAAACUUUCCCGACAGUUAUGUUGGAGGGUUGGAAGACCAAGCUGGACGCGCCAAGGGUCUCAACGACUCCUCCAGGUAGUCCACCUCCUGGGGCUUUUGCUGCCAUGAUGAAGACCUCCAGCUCAGUAGCCCCUGCUCCACCACCAGCUAUUCCUGACAUCAUGGAGACGCUGGCAAAUCUUGCUCGUCAGAAUGCAUCGGCUGCUUCAAGUAAUCCUAGUAUUGCGGCCCCAGCGGCGACAUCCGCACCCGCCCCGUAUGUUGCACCGGCGGCAGCGCCGGCCACAAGUAGCAAUUUGUUGCCUCAAGCGCUUGCCGCUGCGGCAGGUCAGGCCCAAGGUGCUCCUGGUGCCAUGCCUUUCAGCUUUCCAACCACGCAGCAGCCGCCCGUAGCUGCACCACCUGCUCUGCCCUUUCAGUUUCCUGGACAGUAUGGCGCAAUGCCGCCGGUUCCUCCGUACAUGCCACCUGCCCCUGCUGCCAGUAGUCAACAGAGCGGUUUUCCAGCGGCCCCUGUGCCACAGGCCGACCCUAAUGUUGCUGCGCAACAAGUGCUUCUGAUUCAGACGCUACUGUCCCAAGGCAUUGCACCUGAUAUGGUCACCGCUAUUGUACAGCAGCUUACAACUGGUGCUGGUCAGAACAACCCUGCUGCUCCUCCGCAAUUCCCGCCCCCAACUGGAGCCGGAGGCUAUGGUGCAGGAGCUUGGAAUGCAAACAUGAACCGGCCUUCUGAAUCACAUGAUAGAGAUCGCCCGAGGUCGCCUGGAGGAUACAGGGGACGUUCCCGUUCGCGUUCCCCGGGCCGUAAUCGCUGGGAUCAAGGCUACGGAGCUAGGCCGGAUGAUCGGGACAACGGUGGCAGGGAUAGCCACUCGGAUUAUCGUCAGCGUUCACCUCAGGGACGGACCGGAAUUUCCCGCAGGCCAUCAGAGCGUUACAUUGAGUUUGACCCUUCGCUUCCUGAAAACAACAUCAGAGUUUUGAGCAGAACACUAUUUAUUGGAGGCGUGACGUGCUCCGAAAGCGAGCUCCGUAGCAUCUUCAGCAACUUUGGCGAAGUUCAGACUUGCAUUGUCAACCGGGACAAGCGCCACGGCUUCGUGAAGAUGCUGACGCGCAAGGAUGCGGAAGCUGCCAAAGACGGCAUGAUGGAGUAUCGAAGCCCUGACCACCACCUCAGGACACGCUGGGGCGUUGGUUUUGGCCCACGAGACUGCAGCGACUAUGCCAAGGGCAUCAGUGUCAUCCCUAUUCAUAGGCUAACCGAGGCGGACAAGAAGUGGAUGCUCACAGCGCCAUUCGGCGGCACCGGUGGCAAGCCCAUCUCGACAGGCAUGGUGGUUGAGGAACCGGACAUUGAGAUCGGCGCAGGUGUUUCGUCCAAGGCCAUAAGUAGACGGAUGCAGACCGACCGGGGCGGUAUGCAUGGUCCGAGGUCUUCACAUCGCGGUGGGCGGCAGUAGUCGCCAGGUGCUGAGCACUUCUCAAUUUUCCUCCCUGUUUGAAAUUAUAUACAUAAUGGAGUGGGCCUUUCUGGUUUGGGGCGUCGGAAUCGGACAACCAAGAUUAAUACCCAGUAUUCGAAUUGAUAUUCAAUAAUUUCCUUUGAUUCUUGCGGUAUAAUUUUUGCGCGCUAAUUCUGAGAACUUGUCUACUAUUUUUAUCCCUCCUAGCGAUCCUUCAUUUUCAUAUAUUUUGCUGCCUAACCUCAAUACUGCGCC